CGCUUCAAUCUUUCUGAAUCUAGAAGCCGUACGUUGCACGUGUUUUUGGAAAACCGAUACAACAAAUAAUUGGAAAAUAUGGAUAAACCCGUAGUUCUGGCUCGCGUUAUCAAAGUAUUGGGAAGGACCGGAUCCCAAGGGCAAUGUACCCAAGUGAAAGUCGAGUUUCUGGGCGAGCAAAACCGACAAAUCAUCAGGAACGUUAAAGGGCCCGUCAGAGAAGGAGACAUCUUGACCCUGUUGGAGUCCGAACGUGAAGCGAGAAGAUUGAGAUAAUUCUUCAAUUAGGUUUCCGAAGAAAAAUGAUUCAAUGUUUUUUUAAUUUCCUGUAAUAUAAUAAUUAUCCAGAGUCUCAGUUUGUUCACGUUUUUUUCUACCUUUUGAAUUAAUUUUUGUAGAAGAGUUGGAAUGCAUUUAGCAAGUAGAAAUUGUAGGCAGGAACAUGUUUAAUCGUUUAUUUAGUAAUAUUCAUAAUUACUUAAUGAAACUCAAUGGGUAAAUACAUCAAACGUACAUAUUAUUAAUCUUACAGGUUUUAAAAACUGAACGAUAUUACAACAUAUUUAUUAAUUUGGAAGGUUUAUACAGUCGUAAACAAUUCGAUAACAUUACAAAAGGCAACUACAAGAACGUAUUUCUUUGGCAUAAAAAAUAUCUAUCACCUUAAGUGUUUGUACAAGAGUAAAAUAUACAAAAAUAUUUACAUUUCAAUAAAUAAGGGAACACAGAACGUUUUGCCAGCUCGAACGUCUCGUUAACACAAAAUACUCUUCACUAGAAAUGGAAUUCGUACGUUUCUUCUUAAAGCUAACUAUCCGGGGGUAGUAUAAAUUAAAAAAAUGUUAUAUAUUCACUCGAUAGAUGAGAAUACCUAUCCGUUAUCGGUAUCACAAUGCGUCGCCCACAGUAAACAAUUACCGAAUCCGCUGUAGCAAAUUAGAAAUACUGUUGCCAAGAAUAGUAGACUGCAUAUCGUGCAGGGCUUUCUUUCUAGAAAAAACCCGAUUAAAUACAACACCAUGAACAUAACUUGCGUCUGGACUAGUGCGGGGUUGGAAGGCUUCGGCAUUAAUAACACAGGAAUAAGCCACUGGAGACAGUACAUAAUUCAUUUGCUGAAAAUAAUUACAUACUGUUCAAUUGUGCGAUUUAAAAUAUUUCCGAUUUCGUAUAAAAAUCUUUCUGGCAAAAAUGUCAAGUUAUUGCAAACGUCACUUUACUUGUCAAUUGUCAAUGCAUAUUUGUAUUCUUCUUUUUCGAGACAUGACAAUCUUGACAGUAGUUACUGCGCAUGUAAUUACAAACAAAAAUCGUUAAUUUUUCGCCCAGAUUGCAACAACAAAAUAAUUAAAAAUGAACAACGCGAUAAAUAUAGGCGUAGAAGACAUGACGGCUACUAUAGUGCGUUACGGUUUAUACUUGGGUGCGAUAUUUCAAAUAGUUUGCCUGGCUGCUUGUAUCUUCAUCUCGGAAUCCCCCGAAGACGUGUCUUGGGGCUCGAGGAUUGAUAGUGAUGAUGAGAGCUCCGAGCAAAGUACCCCACAAAACACGCCCCGAAGACCUUACCACAGGUCCAGGAAGCAGGAGAAGAAGAAGAGGCGUUGAAUGGCCCAAAAUGUAGUAUUAUUGGCGUUUUAUUGUGAUAUUCCUUUUUUACUGAUUUGAUUUUAUGUAAGUCCUGAUUUCCUUGUAAGUAUAUUUCGUUUUUUAUCGAACUCAAUUUCUAACUAGUCUCUUAAUUAAAUUUAUGCUCGAAACUAAAGUUCGUUUGUUAAUUUAGUUUGUGAUUUUUUUUAUUGAUCUAUUUCGAAUAAUGAAUAAAAAAACGGAUCAAAUGUAAACAUUUUAUUUAAAUAUAUACAAGCUACUAUAAGCAGAACAUAACAGUUGUUAAAUUUUUACA